UCUGCGGUAAUUGAAUAGUAUUGGCUGCUUGUGAUUAGUUGUAUUUUAAAAUAUAAAGCAACGCUGUAUGACCACAACAAGUCUAUAUACUCUAUACUAUCAUGUGUUUAUAAUAGAAGAAUGGUUUUUGAAUCAGUUGUGGUUAACCUUGUCAACACUUAUCUUGGCAGAUAUAUCAAAGAUUUAGAUUCUUCAAAUCUCGAUUUGAGCAUCUGGCGCGGGGAUGUGGUGCUCAACAAUCUGACACUUAAAGAUGAUGCACUGGCUGAACUUGACUUGCCUAUUCAGGUUAAAUCUGGCAAUAUUGGUAAAUUAUCAGCAGAAAUCCCCUGGUCGAAUAUAUAUACAAAGCCAGUUGUUGUAAAUAUUGAAGAUGUAUUUAUUCUUGCUGCACCAAUUACAGAAAUUGAUUAUGAUGAGAAAGGCGCUGAGGAAUGCCUGAGAGCUGCCAAGAGAAGGAGGUUGCAAGCUAUAGAUAAAUCAAGUGAACCAUUAAGUCAUGAAAAUCCUGAGGAAUCCCAAUUGUCCGACAGCUACACGUUUGUAGAAAAAUUAACCGCCCAGAUUGUCAAGAAUCUUCAGAUUUUCAUAAAGAAUAUUCACAUUCGCUAUGAAGAUAAGAUUACAACUCCUGGCAGUUCAUUCGCUAUUGGAUUGACAUUAAAGCAUUUAACCGCAGAGACCACGGAUGAAUAUUGGAAGCCAUGUGUAGUUGAGGCAACCAAAAAGACAAUUUUUAAGUUUAUAAGUCUCGAUUCUUUUGCCGUUUAUUGGAAUACAAAUAUUAACGAAAGUCAGUACGGAGGAUCAAAAGAUUGGAAGUCAUCACUUCGUUCUGACAUUAGAACGAAAGAAGCAAAGAAUGAUGAUUACGAAUAUGUCCUGGAACCAUUCUCUCUCGAAGCGCAUGUGGAAAUUGAUCAAAAUUCUGCAAUGAUAAACAACAAACCAAAGAUCACCGUUGAAGUUAUUCAACACGACAUGAUCCUUAGUCUUUCAAGAUCCCAAUUUCAAAAUUUGGUCCAUUUGAUUGAAUCGUUUGAACUGAUGAUUGCAAACGAACCGUACAAGAAAUAUCGUCCAAAUGUCCCGCUGCGAAAUAACGCCAAAAUCUGGUGGAAAUAUGCAAUAACUGCCAUUGUGAAAGAGAAUAUUAGAACGUGGUCCUGGCAGAACAUCAGAAGACAUAGGUCCCUUUAUCAUGAAUACAAAAAUGUGUACAAAACGAAACUACUUUAUGACCAAAGAGGAAUUAAGAAUGUUUCAACAUCGUUUAAAUCUAAAAUACAUGACAUUGAAGACGAAUUACAACUUUCAUCCAUUCUCAUAGCGAGGGAACAUGCUCUUGCCGAGUUUAAAACAAAUCCUGGUAUUUAUGAAGACGUUAAUCUGGAGGAAACUUCAUCUGGCUGGUGGAAUUGGAUAUUCGGUUCUAAUGAGACGAAUUACGAAUUGUCGGAAGAAAUUGAGAUCUCCUCAUCCCUAUCACUGUCUGCUUUAUCUCCGUCGGAAAAACAGCGUUUAUACGACGCUCUUGAUUAUUCUGAAAACGUCGAGGAUACCAAAUAUCCCAAAGAGUAUGUCAAAUACGUGUUGUUAUUUUCGCUGGAACGUUUCGAAGUGCAUCUGAUGAAUGAAUUAAGAAGAAACUUAAGUUUUGUGUCGAUGAGUGGUGUUUCUGGAUCAGUUCAACAUCGACCAUCUUCAUCGAAUACAAGUUUUAACUUGGAUGUUAACGAUAUUAUUCUUUAUGGUCACGGAUCAAAAUUGGACGAUGAAGCUUUACCUAAAUUGUUGUACCUUCAGACAAGGGAAAAGGAUAGCCAUUUGGCAUUUUUUGAAUUUUCGUUUGAACUUAACCCGAUACAUGUGUCUGCAGACUAUUCUGUCUUUCUUAAAUUGGAACCAGUAAAAAUUGUUCAUGAUACGAAUACUGUUAUGCAGUUUGUGAAUUUCUUCAACAUGCCACAGAGCAGAGCAUUGCAAGAGCUUACCGAAGUGGCUUCUUUGGGGAUAAUCGAGAUUCAAAAUCGUACUCGAGCUGGUCUGGAAUACGCCGUAUCACAGCAAACUAUUUUCUAUUUCGACGUCAACCUUAAAGCACCUUGCAUUGUUGUUCCUGAGUUUGGAGCAAUGGAAAAGCCCGGUUCAGUUUUUAUUGUCGAUUUCGGACACCUGACUAUUAAGACGGAUUUGAAUUCCAAACAGUCAUUAAUUCAGGAUGCAACUGAAAGCGAAUUGGAAAACAUGUUAUGUGACAACUUUGAUGUCUCAUUAAGCGACAUGCAAGUUCUUAUUGCAAGUAAAGACGAUGAUUGGUUGUCUGCACAUGCUCAGUCAAGUUCGCCAUUCCAUUUGUUACCCUCUUCUGAGAUCACUUUAGAAAUUCGAAGAAACACAAACAGCGUUUACUCCUCAUUACCUGAAAAUACGAUGAAGGGAACUCUCCCACGGCUUGAAAUCAAAUUGUCAGAAGAAAAAUAUCGGCAACUUAUGCAGUUUAUCUCCAACCUUCCUUUACUCACUGAACCUUUGGAUGACAAUGAAAAAUACGGUUUAUCCCACACAACAUAUCCAGUGACCCUUUCUCGGCAUUCUUCGCGAAUGUCCUUAGUGGAGGCAUCCGAUAUUCAAAUCAUGACACGUGAAGCUCUAACAGUUUCGAGUGAACAUCAUGAUGGAGAAUCUUUCUACGACGCUGAAGAAAAAUUCAUACAUAUCGAUGAUGACGAGGAAUGGGUUUUAGCUCCCGAUUAUUUCGAAGAAAAGGAUCCUGAGAUUGACAAGGAACGUAAUAACAGCGGGACAGAAAAACAUCCAAAGGCGAAUAAAAUUAAAUUGUCGGCCGAGUUUUCCAUUGAAAAGGUGUUUGUUGCGUUCAACAGAUUCAUACAAACAGUGGACGAGCCGUACAUUUGCUUAGAAAUAAAUGAGCUCAGCUCAAAUAUAUGUGUAAUGCAAUACGAGAUGACUGUUUCCGCAAAACUUGGGUCAGUUCACCUCACAGAUUAUUUGUUCAGAGAUGUCGAUAGCGGUCCACUCGUAGUUCUCAGCUCUAUAGCUGAAAAAGAACUUAUAUCACUUUUCUACAGAAAGGUGGAUUCAAACUGCCCGUAUAUGGAUGAAUCGUUUGAUGGUGUGCAAUGUUUAAUAAAAACCGAAUUCAAUGCAUUGAAUAUUCUGCUCCAUCGAGAAGGGAUAACAACAUUUCAAAAUUUCAUUCUGUCUCUCAUUGAAAGGAGUGAGAAACCAAACUUUCACAAGUUGGGUGAACGAGUAACAUCCUAUUUAGAAGUUAUUCCGGAAGGGGUGCAAUUGGAUGUUGUUGCACUGAACAGCGAAAAAAACGACGAGACUCCGGCACCUUUUGAAAAGACAACGAUUGAAACAACACUUGACGAGGUUCACAUAACAUUUAGUGCAAACAAUGAACACUUUUCCCUCACUAAAAUAAAAGGCCUCCGUGUGGACUCGUUUCUCGAGGAUAAACAAACACACAUAAAAGCAAGAUUGGAAUAUUUCACCGUUGAAAACAUCACCGCGAAUACUUCGUAUAAUAAAAUUUUAACAGUCGACGAUGGGAAUUUGUGUGAUUUUGAAGCUACGAUUUAUUCGAAAACGAAGAGAACUAAUCCCACCAGUGUGGACAUGGAUGUCCGUUGUCGUUUUGGCAGACUAAAAUUUGUGUUUUUGCAUAAAUUUGUUUCAGAGAUACAGGAGUUCUUCGCCUCUUUCGCAAGUCCUGAAACACGACAGUAUGCUCAAAAUGCAACCACACAGGCUGUACAAAUGCAGGUCGAACAGCUUCAAAAAAUGUCACCAAAAAUCGGUCUAAAGGUUGAUAUUAGCGCCCCAGUUAUCAAAAUUCCCCUAAACGCUAUUUCGAACGAUGGUAUCAUAAUUGAUUUGGGCUCCUUGGUUAUUCGUAAUAAACUGGAAGAAAAAGAAACUAGCUGUGGAGGAAUAAAAAAUAGAGUGCUUACAGAUAAUAUCAAGAUUACUUUGGAAUCCUUUAAUGUUAUAAGAUUCAACCCCGCAGAUUCAUGGACAGGAACCCACAAUCUUGUUGAUCCAACUGGACUGGAUAUUGCGUUAUCAAGAUGUAUCCAUGGAUUACGUCAUCAAAUGCCAGCCACAGAGAUUGAAGCUGUAUUACGGCAGCUAACGACUUCAGUCGAUGAAAGUGAUUUCAAAUUGCUGAUAGGAAUUUGGGUGGAAAAUAUACAACACACAUUGUUGCAAGAAACAUAUGAAGAUGGUAGUGUCGACGAGUUGUCCCAAAUGCCAGAGGCUGAACAACAUUUGAUUACUUUUGUUGAUGGUCCGAUAAAGACAUCCCAAGAUGUUAGCAGUGAAGUGGUUAACAUGAAAAUAUGUGCUGUAAUAGAAUAUGUUAGUUUGCAGUUCCCGCGUGCAGUGAACAAGAAGAGACUACCCUAUCUUGAAUUUAAUGCGCAAAAGCUAAAAACAGAAGUAACGUUUAGUGAGAACAACACGUUUGGCUCCGCUAGCUUGGGCGAUCUUUUUCUUAUUGACUACAGUUCAUUUGGCAGUCUUAUAAAACCACUGUCAGUUUUGGAGUCAUCGCGGAAUAAUGAUCUUAUCACCGUACAAUUUCAGCAGGAAUUAUCCCAAUCUACUCCUCAAAAAAAGACACAGAGGUUGGACGUCUUGGCAACUAUAAUGAAACUGCAUUUUGAAGAACGAUCAAUAUUAGGAAUUCAAGAUCUUCUCAAGUCGUUUACAGAAAGUUUGAAAGUAUUAAACAAUCCUGCUGGUCACGAGCUAGAUGAGUGCGCUCAGGAUGGAAAAAAUAGCCCCGAACAAGUCGACAGUGAUACAGAAGAUGACCUGCCCAAAGGAAGUGAUAAUAUGAAACUUACGGUGGUCCUUGACAAACUUGAAGUAAUUUUAAGUCGCAAAGAACGCCAAAUUGUUGGAGUAAUUAUAGAAGAUGUUUAUACUGAAGUGGUUAUUGAUGAUGAGAAGUGUGUAGUCAUUUCAAGACAAAAAGGAUUGUCAGUUACAGAUUUAGAUCCAUUAUCCAACUAUUCAAACGUUAUUUCAAUUGAAGCAGAUAGAUUGUUUGAUUUUGAGUACCGGACUCUUCCAAGCACAGUGACCUCAACCAACCGCGAGAAAUUUCUUACCACUCCCCAUAGUCAACUGUCUCUAAAUAUUGGAAAAAUUCGCUUUGUAUUUCUUUACAAAUUGCUAACAGACAUACAGGCAUUUUUUCAAAGUCUUGUUAGUCGUGAAACUACGUCAUACAGUUAUGAGCUCGCACAAAAGACAGUUCAAGAACAGCUUGAAAAUAUAGAGACGCAGGGAACAAAGAUUGCCCUCAAACUAUCCAUUGCAGCACCAUUGGUAAUCUUACCAAGUCAUUCUAGAGCAACUGAUUGCCUUAUCAUAGACUUAGGCUGCCUAAAUGCUAAGAACCAAUUCAUUCUGCGAAAGAAUAUGGAUAACGCGGACAACGAGGUCGUCGUUGAUAAAAUUGAUUUCGAUUUAGAAUCUGUACAACUGUCAAGGGGUGUGCUGGAUUUGGAUUCAAACACAAUGGCCCGUCGCCUAUUAAUGAACCCCCUGAAGAUGACCUUAGUAAUAAUGCGCUCUAUGAAAUCUGAAGCACGUUGGUUACCUUAUUUGAGCUUAGAAAUAGGAUUGGACCAUGUUGAGAUGAGAUUAGACGAAGCAGAUUAUCAGUUGCUCGUUUCUGCAAUGCAACAAAAUUACGCCGAGUCACAUGUCGUUUUUGAUAGCACAUCAGGUUUGUCCUCUGGUGAUGUAUUUGUUGGUGAGCCAAAAGAUUAUUCAGAUACAUCAAGGGGGCUUGUUCAAGAGAGAACAAUACAAGUGGAACAAAACACAGUAUGGGAUACGACUGUAGUUGUGUUUGCAUUUUCUGGUCUCAGUCUUUCUUUGUACAACGAUGAAAACGACACUAAACUCUCCAAGGUUUCUUUUCAACUACACCGUACAGAAAAAACGCUUUGCACGUGCGAGCUCCAGAAAAGCAACGGCACCGUCACAGUACGUAGUGAUUCGUCCAUCGAUCUUCGGCUUUACCUCUAUGGUUGCAUUAUUGAAGACGCGCGACCCAGCAAAAUGACUGCUUUUCCAAGAAUGCUCUCACACAAAACAGAGCAAAAACAUGGAAGACGUUCUCAGUUUAAGUCCAACAACAAAAACCGUCCUAGCAUGAUCGAAGUUUCAUACAAACAAACACCUGUUGGACAAAUGAUUGUGGACUUAACUAUGCAAGAUCCAGUAUUGUACAUCAGUUUUCCUCUUCUGUGGUCAUUACUUGAUUUCUUCGCCGUAAACUCUAAUACUGAAGCUGUUGUGUUUAAUGAUGCAGGUACUACCCUGUCUCAGUCAACAGGAGACCACGACAGUCAAUCUUCAGCUUACGUCCUUGAGGUAAAUGGAGCCUUAAACAACCCUGAGAUAGUGUUGUUAGGAGAACCUGAAAACCCAAGCAGUUCCGCCCUAAUAGUUCAAACAAGCAUUGAAUUUGAGUAUAAACUGGUUGAUAACCAACAAAAUUUCUCAACGACGAGCAAAGACCUUAUUGUUCAUUCUUGUCGAUAUCCUGAUCGGGAAAAAACACUGUACAAGGUUGUUAAACCUUGCGCCAUCGAUUUCCGUUAUUCCUAUCCCGGCAGUGAUUGCGAGGGGCAAGAAAUUAACCUCUGUGUUCCACAAAUGACAAUAAAAGCUUCUCCAUUGUUGCUGAAAACGCUACUGGCGAUCUAUCAGUCAUUUUAUGGUGAUCAAGAGAUCACAGAGGAACGCACACCCCAGCCAGAUUUGAAUGUGGACCAAAACGUGGAUCUGUGGCGUCCUCAACCAAUAUGCAAAGACGACUGGAAACAAGAUCGGGCUCCAGUUCGUUUACCAUCGAGAAUCCAUUUAAACACAACUGUAACUGAAAAGCUUUCCUUGGAGAUGAAAUCAGUCCGUUUAACUCUUUAUAAUGAAGUCAUGGGCCAUCGCGUGCCACUCCUGUUGAUGAAUUCCAGUGUUGUUUUUAACUUGAAAGACUGGAGCUCUGAGCUAAAACUUGUAGCUAACUUAUCUCUGGAAGCGUGGUAUUAUAACGAGACAUUUGCAGCCUGGGAACCACUCAUGGAAAGUGAAGAAACAUUAAAUGAAAGACACCUCUGGCAAUUGGAACUGAAGAUAUUUAAAGCCGACAGUCACAGUCUGUCGUUCACACCAGACAGCGAAGAACAAAAAUUGAUUGAUAAAGAGGAUUUUAGAAGCUUAGCUUCGUCGCAUGUUAUUGAAAGUUCCAGCCCCGUUUUACACCAACGAAGCCCAGUUCAAUUUGCAACACCAGAUUUCGACCAGUAUCGCUCUCAGACAUCUUCUGACAUGCUGACCCGAGGCGGUCACUUCAACGUGAGUGAAAUUCGACCACUAGAAAUAUUCGACGAUGCGGAUAGUUAUCUGAGCCAUCGCUCGCCACUGUUGUCAGAAUGUAGGACGGAUGUAUCAUCAGAUAUUCCACAAGCUACGUAUAUUGUUCUGAGUUCUGAAGAUAUAAUGCAGUUAACUGUCACACGUCCAGCUGUUGAUGUCCUUACUGAAAUUUCUGUGAUUUUUGCCGACGUUACCUCAGCAGCUCCAAGUGAAACAGAUGUGAUGGAAUCGCCGUUCGUUGUUGUUAAUGACCUGGGGAUCAACACAUCCGUAUCUUUGAGCUACCGCCAUGAGACAAUUCAGAAGUCGACGCCAGAAUUAACUAUUACAAAAAGAAAUCGCAUGGGAUAUGCAGACGGUUAUCAAGAUACCUCAAAGAGUUAUCCAGCUGGGCUUUAUAAAUUAGAUACACCAAGGGAUAAAACAGGUGUUUCAAUGUUGAGUAAAGAUGACAGUGUUAUACAAGAGGAUCAAGAUGAUAUGGAAGGUGAGGAUUGCAUAGCUUAUGUGCAUGGGAAAGAUGGCGAAAUAAAGGUGACGAAAGAGAAGAAAUUUACUCGCAGCAUCUCUAUGCCUGCGAAAGACAUGCGUACUAUGGUAAAACUAGUGGAAGAAAAGGAGCGUAAAAGGAAAAAUCCUGUAAAGCGUCUCGUAGAUGUCGUAGCUGAGAAGCAUUCUCCGGAGGCAGUUGAAACAACGAUACAUGAAAGCGAAGAGGUAAUUGUUCCAGAAAUGAAAUUGGGUAUAGAUUUACACGAUAAAGAUACUGAAAGAGAACCUAAAGAUGGAGAAGAUGCGGUUAGGUUUGAUAAGAAGCCUAAGAAUGAAAGGAGUUCUGAGGCAAAGAAGAGGGUAAUUUUGGACAACAUCGAUGAAGAUUCACCGGAUGGAGAAAAGAAGCACGAGGAAAACAAUGAAGCAGAAACAAGUGGCAAUGAACAGGCACCAAGCUUUAUAUCUGGUGCUUUUGCUACAAUGGGUCUUAUUGCCGGAAUAAGUGGUCAUCCAAUCAGUAGCGCAGAUCAGUUGAUUGGGCAACCUGCUGAGGAGAAAAAGGAAGUCUUGUUCGAGAGGCCAGAAUACAAGAAAGCAGACGACUAUAUUUCUAUUCAGAUUGCUGGUUUUGACGAAUUGUCGUUCGUUCCUGUAUCUCGUGCUGGUCGCUUUCUCUACCAACUUUAUCCUAAAAAGCGUGGCAGGUAUUGUUAUAUCGUAGUUCAAAUCGAAAUUGAACAUAGCCAAAAGCGAGUCACUAUCCGGGCGCCACUACAGGUGAAGAACAACUUAGAUGUAGCGAUUGAUUUGAUUGAAGAAAAUGCAAGUAAAGAGGGAAAUGAUCGAAAGAUCUGCACCAUUCAACCGAAGGAAGUUGGAAACCUACCCCUGUUUAAUGCUCACAAAGAAAAAUUUUUUCUCAAGCCAGCAGCUAUCGAUGGGUUCAAGAAGAGCACAACUUGGGUUUCUUGGCAGCAUUUGUCGGACGAAAAGCAAACGAGUAUUGUGACCUGCUUACCCGAGGAGGCCGGACCAAAUUACGCAUUUUGUGUCAAGGUUCUUUGCGAGAGAGACUCACUAAACAUAUAUCCUUCAAGAACCGCUCCACAUCACAUUUUACAACUUUAUCCCACAAUUAGCUUUGGAAACUUUCUUCCAUUUUCCGUAACGUUGAAACACGAGGAUUCAGAUGUUGAAAUCAUGAACAUUGAACCCGGAAAGCGUCAUCAGCUUACAUGCGUGACAACGAAUAAACAAUCGACAUUUUUGCUGAAGGUGGAACAAUACAUGAAGACGUCUUGGAGUGGCUUGUUUAAACUGGGUGGUGAUAGUCAGCCGGAUCUUUUGAUUGAGAUGCAACCAGAGCGAGAUGUAUAUAAUAAACUGUUCAUACGUUUCGAGUAUAUCGACAAAGGAAGCCUUGGUGUUAAUUUUUAUUCCUCCUACUGGAUGGUUAAUAAAACAAAUUUAAGCAUCGCGUACAGGGCGACAAAAAGUUCAAGUGAGACAUACAAGCAAAUGGCAUCUGACACCGAACCAUUACUUUUUGAAUCAUCUAACACUAAAAAGAUAAUGCUAAAGCUUCACGGUUGCGAUUGGUCGAAGAGUUUUUCCUUGGACGCUCUGGGAAAUGCCGGCGAUUUAGUGUGUGAAGAGAUAAAAACUUCCAGAGAGUAUGAGAUGGCUAUAUCCAUUGAGUUAUCCAGUAACCGACUGACUAAAAUCCUGACAAUAAUGCCCAAAUUUGUAAUUAUUAACAAAACUGAGCGUGUGCUGUCAAUUUGUGAGACCGGCCAGAAGGAUGGACUUUGGAUAAUCAUAAAGCCAAAUCAGUGUGUUCCGUACUGGCCAAUAACUAAGUCCAAUGCAUUUCUGGUGAAAUUGUCAGACAGUAUGUUAACUUCAAAGGUUAUACGAAUGGAUUCGCUCUUCCCAGCAAUAUUUAGGGUUGGUCAUGGUGUUUUGUUGGAAAUGAACACAGAGAUUACGGAAAGUUCCACUACCAUAGUCUUUACACAGGGGUGCGCUAGUAAUUUACCCAGGCUCGAAAAUCUAUGUGAAGAUAUUUCAAUCAAAUUACAUCAAAAGGAUUCAGGCACAACGACCGUCCUUUUACCACUGACCUCUAUUGUUUAUCUGUGGGAUGAGCCUGGCGGGGACCUUACGUUGUUAUGGCAACCUGAGAAUUACCACAAUCACCCAGAAAACAUUCCUCUUAAUAAGGAUGGGUUUGGUCAUGUUAAGUUGCGUUCCAAAAAAAAGAAGUCGUCUAGUAUUGGCUGCAUGGGAAGACGAUCAAGACGUUUAUCAGAACCUGUUACGCAAAUGGAGCCACCGGAAAGCAGGCGCAAAAGCGAUCGUGAAUUUAUCGUAGGGAAAACGAUUUAUUGGAUGUCUUUUUUAGACGGUUUUCAAAGAGUAGUUACUUUUACUGAUGAUCCAAUAGUCGCAAGAGAAACGCGUAAGCAAUGUGAAGGUGAACCUGUUACCACUGAGAUAUUUUUAUCACUUGAUGGUGUUCGAUUAUCUGUCGUCAACCAAGAACAAUCAGAAAUUAUCUAUUUAGGCAUCUCAAGCGCAACAUCUAUUUGGGAGGUGGAAAAAUCCCCCAAAAAAUGGAGGGUUCUUAAUGUGGAAACAUCUUCAAUCUUAGAAGAAGCUUGGAGGAACAAUUUUCCCACGCAGAAGCUGGCUAAGGAUGUUGAGGUCGACUUUGAUACGAUGACGUUAAUAAAGCCUUAUCGUGGUUCAUUAAAUAGAAGAUGUGAACCAGGACUUUGGAUACACUAUUCCGCAUCUCUUAAUUAUGAAAGUUUUUCCGCCAAAAUUCAUCGGGUUCAGAUUGACAAUCAAAUAUUCGGGACCAUUUUUCCGUGUGCCUUAUAUCCAUCGCCUCUGCCAAGUCUUAUUACUCAAAGAUAUGGAUUCAAGCCAUUUUUUGAACUAUCCGCCAUCUACCGCAACGAUACUAAGCACAAUUUCCUCCAUCUUAGGUAUUUUAAAGUUCUAAUUCAGGAAAUGAAUAUUAAGCUCGAGAAGGAGUUUCUUCGUGCAAUCUACAAUUUAAUCUAUGGCGACGACACAAGUGAACAAGAUGCGGAGACACUUUUUAACCAGGACUUACGAAAUAUGUCACUUACAUUGGAAGAUACGUUGAUCAAAAGUGGUUCUUUGGAUACACAUCGACUGUUUCUCGAAGUGUUUCACCUAUCUCCAUUGAAGGUUAAUCUCAGUUUAUCCCUCAGAAGUGGGCUUUAUCAAUCUGAAAAACAUGGCGAUUCGGAUCUUUUUCAAGUUCUAAUCAACUCCGUUGGUUCGCCACUGACAGAGGUUAACGAUGUUUUAAUAAAGCUGGCUUAUUUUGAAAGAGCUGGUCUUUUCAUAACAGAAAACUCUCUGAUUUCAAGUGCUAAGAAGCAUUACACUUGGCAGGCUCUCCGGCAAUUUCACGCCAUUGCACUAGGUCUGGAUGUUCUAGGAAAUCCCUAUGGUCUUCUCACUGAUAUAGGUGAAGGUGUAAAGGACCUAUUUUAUGAACCAUACCAGGGUAUUGUCCUGGGACCACAGGAGUUCGCGACAGGACUUGCCAGAGGAGUAAAAAGCCUUUUGGGUCACGCUAUUGGGGGUACAGCAGGUGCUAUGUCAAAGAUUACUGGUACAUUCGGACAAGCCUUUGCGUCUCUGUCAUUUGAUGAGGACUAUCGAAUGAAACGGCGGUUACGUAUGGCUAACGGUCCGGCGAGUAUUCAGGAGGGUGUCGCUAUGGGAGGAAAAAGCUUCCUUAUGGGUUUAGUUUUUGGCGUAUCUGGUGUUGUUACGAAGCCUAUUCAAGGUGCUCGAGCCGAUGGUGUUGAGGGAUUUUUCAAAGGAUUUGGAAAGGGUAUAAUGGGACUUGUUACCCGACCUACAGUAGGAGUGUUUGACAUGGUCAGCACAACACUGGAUGGAAUACGAAGGUCUGCUGAGCAAGAUGGCGAAGAUGUGGUCGUCAGGAUGCGAAUGCCAAGAUUUAGUCCACCAGAUGCUCCUUUACGCCCUUAUCUUGAAUACCAAGCAAAUGGAAAUGCUAUAAUGAAGAGUUUACCAUGGUCGAGGGAAAUAAUACGCGAUGUCUAUAUUGAUCACACGCCGCUCCCAAAAGAUGGCAAUUCUUCUAUAGUCAUUUUUACUAACAUGAGGAUUUUGGAAGUGCAUCAAACUGCAUUCUGGAGUGAGUGGAAAAUCAACGAGGAUAUAAAAUAUGAUGAUAUUUCAGGAAGUGUUAAAUUAAGUCUAAGUGGAAUGGAAAUUUGUACCAAAACUGACAGUUUAAUAAGAAUUGAAUCUACUGACCUCGCUACUUUACAGAUGGUACAAAGGAAGCUGGAAGAACAUUUGUAUCAUUAUCGAACUGCACACUAAAUGGCAUCUUUGGUAUUCCAAGUAAGCUGAAGUGUGUGAAUACUAAUCUACAGCCGGGCAUUUCUGCGAAAAACUGAAAUCGGCCUCAUGUUAUACCUCGCUGACACAACGUGUUUAUAGCCAAAUGUAUGUAGCGCAGAAUUAAAUGUCACAACCCAAGUCAAGUUAAAUACCCAUAGCCAUACCUAAUUUUUCAUCCCAAACAAACGAAUAUAUUUUAAAAACAAUUUUCUAUCUUUCAGUUGUAAAUAACAGUACUGGUAGGGAUUUCCGUAAAGCCAAUUUGUUACCGUAAUGGUAAACGCCCCAUUUUACAAUCUAACUGUAGGUUACAGUUUAAUUUUUAAUCUUAAUUUUUACAACUCAAACGUUAUAAUUUGAGAUACGUGCGAUUCUAAUACCAUGGAACUAUCACUUCACCGGAUCGUUAAUUUG